AUGCAAGCCAAUGCCAAUAUUCCAGGCAUUCCUGUUUCGCAACCACCAAGCAAUACAGUCACUGGCUUAGCAUUCUCUCCACAGGCUGAUUUCCUAGCUGCAUCUAGUUGGGAUAACCAAACUAGAAUCUAUGAGGUCCAGCAGAACGGAACUGCCGUAGGAAAGGCUGCAAUCCAACACGAAGCACCGGUUCUGGAUGUCUGUUGGAGUAAAGAUGGAACCAAGAUUGUCUCGGUUGGAGCAGACAGAGCAGGAAGAAUGCUUGAUAUGCAUACGGGACAGUCUACACAAGUUGCUGGACACGACGCUCCUAUCAAGAGUUGUCGUUGGAUUGACGGCGUGCCGAAUCUAACCAACAUGCUAGUGACGGGAUCAUGGGACAAAACUGUCAAGUAUUGGGAUCUCCGAUCACAAGCACCAGCAUUCACACUCCAACUUCCUGAACGAUGCUAUUCGCUGGAUGUUGCAGGGCCGUUGAUGGUAGUAGGAACGGCUGAACGACACAUUCUUGCAUACAAUCUUAACAAUCCGUCAACACAAAUCAUAUCACCGCUCAAGUGGCAAACAAGAGUAAUUAGCUGUUUUCCUAGUUUUAAUGGUUAUGCAAUCGGAUCGAUUGAAGGUCGCGUUGCCAUCCAGUAUAUCGAAGAUCGUGAUGCUGAAAAGUGUUUUGCAUUUAGAUGUCAUAGAGAUGAAACCAAAGUAUAUCCAGUCAACUCUAUUUCGUUUCAUGCAACCUAUGGAACAUUGGCAACUGCUGGAGGCGAUGGAGCAUUUCAUUUUUGGGACAAGGACUCGCGGAUGAGGUUAAAGCUUGGACCAAAAGUGGGUAUGCCAAUUACAAGUACGGCGUUUAAUCGUAAUGGAACAAUUUUUGCCUAUGCUGUUGGCUAUGAUUGGCAAACCGGACAUGACUCUCCAUUUGCACAAUCUGGUGCUGUCCAUACGAGCAUUAUGUUGUUACCUGUUUCCAACGCAGAUAUUCAAUCUAAACCCAAGCAGCGAUAG